CGAAAUUAAAUGUACGACAUACAAACAAGACUUUGAGAUCAAAAUAUACGGAGGAAAUUUCCAGCAUCACGAGCAAUAACUUUCCAGAAGAGUGAUUAUCCAUGAAAAUGUACCGGCGGUAAUCUAUCACAAGGACUGAAAGUUUCCCGCGUAUCAUGGCUAUCUUAACCUUUACCUUGAGCCCUGAAGCCAUCGGCAAGCUCUACGAUUCUCUCGUUUGCCUAGGCAAGUUUAGUGAAGCUGUAUCUAUUGAAGCCUCCCAUGACAAGCUUGUUUUGACAGCUCUGAAUUCGUCUAAAUCUGCAUAUUGCUCCUUCACCUUGAUUGGGAACAAGUUCUUCUCCAAAUAUCUCUACAGGCCUGUCCGAUCCAGCAAUCAAUCGAAGGAGAAGUUCACCUGCAAGAUCUAUAACAAGGCACUUCUAUCUGUUUUUAAGGGGAGGGUGGUCGACCCGACUCGAGAAAAAGACACUGCGGUCGAGAGGUGUGAUGUUUCUGUUGAAGAUGGAGAGGGCAAAUCCAAGAGCAGAUUUGUUAUCAAGAUGGUCUGUCGGCAUGGUGUCCUAAAAACGUUUCGCUUAACCUUUGAGUCAGUUGCACCUAUGCAUGCUCUCUUCGUUAGGGAAAGUGCAAAUAAUUGCUGGUCAAUCUCGUCCAGGACUCUCAAAGAAUUCGUGGAGCAUUUUGGACCAGGUACGGAACAACUGGACAUUUAUUCGGAAGAUGCACGUGUCAGCUUUACCAGCUACACGGAGAAAAUCAUGUCUGGAAACGAAAUCUUGAAGCAACCACUGCAUACCACUAUUGCUGUGGACACUUUAGAAUUCGGGGAGUUCGCGGUGGAAGAAAAACUCCACAUUGUAAUCAGUGUUAAAGACUUUAAGUCAAUGGUUGCACACGCAGGCAUUUUGAACGUGUUAGUCAAAGCAUUGUAUUCACGUCCAUCAAGCCCGAUGCAGCUUUCAUACAGCGAUGAGGGUAUCAUGAGUGAAUUCAUUCUCAUGACUAUUGGGGAAUCUAGAGGCGGUUCGGCCACGCCAGCAAAUGCUUCCAGAACAGGAUCAAAGCGUCCAGCUUCAAAACAGCCUCUUGAAGCCACCUCAAGUCCGAAGAGGACAGCAACAUCAAUGCCACCUCCACCAAUGAAUGCGGCUCCCAGUCUCAACCGAGAAACUACGAGGUCAAGGAUAUCAAGACCUUCUCCGCCACCUCCACAACCCAGUGUUCAGUCCCAAAGUCUCUUUCUCGAAGGCGACGACGACCGAAGAUGGGACCCGGCGAAUUUCGAUGGAGAAGAAGAAGAGGAAAUGCUCCUUUGGGACACUGGUGGAGAAAAGGUAAGGAGCAUAAACUUUUGGAGAGCGCAUGAUAACCUUUCGAAGGAUGCUGUGACUAUGAAUUCUGCUCGCCGCCAUCAAGGAUCUGCGCAACAAGAUCAAGAUUCCAAUGAUCGAAGAAGACCGCCCGCACAAGAAUCCGGAGAUUACAAUCUGAUCCCCACUCAGCGGCUUGCACCUACUCAAAGGCUCUCGGAAGUCCGGGGAAUGUUUGAUGACUGACCAAGUCUCAUGAGCGUUGCUGAGAUGGUCCCGUAGCUCUCCAUUACUCCCUGACGAUUAGCGCGAAUUGAGAAG